AUGAGCAACCAGCACGAGCUCCAACGGCAGCUUUACGAGCAGCAACCGAUGAUGCCCAUGGCGGGCGGCGGGGAACAAGGCGCCGUCCCGAUGGACGCGGACGCGGACGCGGAUCCGGCGGCGGCGGCGGCGGCGCAAGCGCAGCUGCACGGGGCGGCGGCGAACGCGGACGCCGCCGCGUCCAACACUACGCUCACCCUUUCGUACCAGGGCGAGGUCUUCGUCUUCGAGUCCGUCUCACCCGACAAGGUGCAAACGCUGCUGUUAUUGCUAGGAGGGAGGGAGCUGGCCCCCGGAUUGGGCUCGGCUCGGAGCAGCCAGUGUUUGUAUUCUCUGAUACAGAAGUCGAAGAAUACUGCACACCGGAUGGCGUCCCUACUCAGGUUCCGGGAAAAGCGCGGCAGGAGGAACUUCGAUAACAAGAUCCACUAUCCUGUUCGCAAGGAAGUUGCGCAUAGGCUCCAGCGCAACAGAGGUCAGUUUGCAUCGUCUAAAGCAAAGGCCGGAGAAGGAGCAGCAUCUGGGACUGCUGCAGAUGGUUCAAAAAAUUGGGGUGCAAUGGAAGACCAAACUCCAUAUACUGCAGCUAUAUGUCAGAAUUGUGGUGUUAGUUCAGAUACCACACCUAUGAUGCGGAAAGGACCCAAUGGCCAAAGGAUUUUGUGCAAUGCCUGUGGCCUAGUAUGGGCGAAAAAGGGUCAUAUGAGGAACAUCUCGAAAUGUUUAACUGCGCCUCAGCAAGUUGUACCAGCAGCCACUAGUGAAGUUCAGAAUGGAAUGACAGAAGCAGCACCAACCGACAACGAGCAGCAACGUAUUGCAAUCGAGGUUGCACCCGGAGCGCAGCCUGCUCCUGCUGCCAAUGGCAAUGACUCGUAG